AUGAGACUUCAGCUUGGUCUAAAGAGUGUCUUGGCACUUAGCGCCUUCUGCAGGCACUGUGCUGCUCAAACCUUCCAGAGGCUCGGAACGUGUCCAACAUUGGGCUGUAUUAUUCCACUCGACCAAGCCGACUUCCUCCCGGGCCAGCGGUUCGAUAUCAGAGCUGAGGUCCACGCUCCCUUGAACGGAAGUGAAGCGAUUCGUGGCUACACCACUCCCGAUUCGAAUUUCACUCUGACCAUUGAGCGCGAGGGCGGGAGUGCUCGACCAGUCUCAGCCUUUUUCAACCUCACCGAGCCAAAGCUCGAGACUUGGAACUUCACUUGGUACGAAGACCUGUUCGCUCAAGCCGCCAAAACUCCGUCACAGGUCAGAGUUGCGUCAAAGGCAUGGCGAAAUGUUGCUCUUUAUGAGCCGGGCCAGUAUAUUGCGAUCUUAAAGUAUCGAAAUGGCUCCCAGACGACGAUUGCUAAUUGGACCGUGCGGGAUAUAUCUCCUCGGCAGCGGGCCAAGAACGUCGUGAUGUUUAUCGGAGACGGCAUGACCACAAACAUGAUCACUGCUGCUCGCCUCAUCGGCCACCAAUCCAUCAACGGCAAGUACCAGACCAAGAUGGCCAUGGACCAGUUUCCGAUGCUGGGUCAUCAAAUGACCCACUCAAUCGACAGCUUCAUCACGGAUAGCGCCAACUCAGCGACCGCGCUCUAUUCUGGCCACAAAUCCACUGUCAACGCAUUGGGUGUCUAUGCUGACAGCUCUCCGAACAAGUUCGACGACCCAAAGAUAGAAAGCAUUGCCGAAAUCUUUCACCGGCUCAGAGGCGGCGGUGUUGGCAUUGUCUCUACCGCUUUCAUAGCCGACGCAACCCCUGCCGCACUGACCGCUCAUACACGUGAUCGAGGUCAGUACGGAGCAGUCAUUGACUCUUUCCUGCGAGGUAUUAAGAAUUAUACCUGGACCAACUGGACGGGUCCUGAUGUGCUCUUUGGCGGUGGCGCUGAACAAUUCUACCCGGGCAAAGGUUCCUUCCAGGGUAAAGACUACUACCAGGAGUUCGCCAAACAGAACUACACCGUUGUUUUGAACAACACGGCGCUCCAAACGUCAGACAACUCCAGCAAGCAUCUUGGAAUAUUCUCGGUCAGCAACAUGGCCAAGUGGCUCGAUCGAAAUGUUUACCCAGAAAACCUGAACAAGUCUAGCACUGCUCCCGACGGCUCCAAGGGUGCUGCUACUGAUCAACCCGGCCUCAAGGAAAUGACUCUCAAGGCCCUCGAGGUUCUCCAAACCCGUCACGGAGAUAGUGGAUUCUUCAUCAUGUCUGAAGCGGCCAGUAUCGACAAGAUGAUGCAUGUGCUCGACUAUGAUCGCGCUCUGGGUGAGCUUCUCGAGCUGGACGACACGAUCAAAGCCACAAUCGCCUGGCUCCAAGAAAAGGGCGAGCUGGAAAACACACUUCUCCUCGUGACUGCCGACCACGGCCACGGUUUCGACGUCAUGGGAUCCGUCGACACCCAUUAUCUCAACACCCAAAAAGGACCCCGUGAGAAGCGCGGCGCCAUUGGCACCUACCAGAACUCCGGCCUCAGUCAGUAUGUCCUGGCCAACCGCUCUGCUCCUGUCGGCAGCGAUCAGAAUCUCAUUUAUGGCCCUGGCGUCAAUUUCCCGGCUAAUUGGGACCCUCGAUAUACGCUGUACUCCGGACUGGCCGCUUUCCCCGACAAUCGGGAGGAUUACCAGGUCAACAAGAACGGACCGCGAGUGCCGGCCAUCAACAUCACGGGCUUCUCUAAUGAGGACUUUUUCGUCAACUAUGUCGAUGCUGUGACUGGGUUUAUCAUUAACGGAUCACUUCCUGUCACCGCGGAUCAAGGCGUGCACUCUCUCACCGAUGUGCCCGUCUUCACGCGCGGGCCUUGCACCGAGUUGUUCUCGGGUGUCUUUAACAGCAUCGACAUCUUCUACGGUAUGGCCGAGUGUCUUGGCCUGAGCCGAACGAGCCCUUCUUGA